AUGCAAGAAACAAGUGAAUUGAAUCUUAAAUCUACAAAUAAAUCUAAGGAUUUGGUUAGAAGCAAAUUAACUUACAAAGGGAAUUUUGAUGAAAGUAGUGAUUCUGGCUUCAUCCUUAAUCAACUUGGUGCUGGAGAAGCUUGGUAG